AUGUCAGCCAAGUUCAACCAAGCAACGGCGACGUCAAGCCUUGACCACCACCUUGACCCACGAUUUGAAACCCAGGUUUCCGUUCUGUCCCUACCAUCUCUGAAGGAUACUCAAGAGCUUCAGAGAAACGGAAACCAGUGGUGGAUCGGCCUGAUGCAUGUCUCUCUCAUGGCACCAGAGGAAAGCGCGACUGGCUUCGUUGCUCAAAAGUUCCGGAGACGAAGAUGCGGACGGUAUAGCCCUGGAUCGGCUCAUGCACGGACAAAGUCGAAAACUACCGAGAUCGACGGUUUACGAUUCAAAGAUAAAGAUUUAGCUGUUGUAGGAACAUUGGAAUAUGGACAAUUCGGUGUCGUACGUCUUCCUUCUCAUCUGGUGUCUGCAGAGCUCAUCGGUACCCUUGUUGUCAAGAUCGACGUCGUGUCAUGUCGGUUGAACAACCGCGUUUAUGUCCGCAAGAGCAUCGAGAAGAAAUUUGCGCUCAGGACGCGUGAUCAAUGCUCUCCUCAAUUCGAGCGCGACCUAUUGCUUCAAGCUCUAAAGACGGAUUCCCCAUGGGCGCCACAUCUCCUCUGUGCUUUCCAAACUCCAACACACCUCAAUCUCGUCAUGGACUACGCGGAAGGAGGAACUCUAUGGGAUGUCCUGGAAUCAAGCCCUCAUGAUGGUCGUGUGCUGGAAUCGGACCUGAAGUGGUGGGCUCCUCAGGUCGUUAGCGCGAUUCAUUGGUGUCAUUCGCAGGGAUUUGCGCAUCGCGACAUCAAACCACACAACUUCGUCCUUACGCCAGACGCUCAUGUUCUGCUCAUCGAUUUUGGAUCAACAGCUCCUCUCCUUCCUCCUCGAGCUGAUGGCACCCAAUUCCUUCCCAAGAAGCAUUGCCUCGUCCCCUGUGGCACCUGCGACUACAUAUCACCUGAGAUCUUGCUGGCGCAUGAAGAGGCGUUGGUGGCGCUCGAGAUGGACGAUGAAGAUGUGCCUGGACCUGCGAGACCAGUGCAAACGGAGGGCUAUGGGGUGGAGACGGAUUGGUGGAGUCUUGGCGCGAUGCUGUAUGAGAUGGCGUACGGGGUUGCGCCCUUUUUCGCCAACGACAUUCGGACGACAUACCUACGGAUCAUGAAUCAUGAGAAGAGCCUUCGGUUUGAUCAGACAAUCACGAUAUCCCAUGAAUUUCAACAUUUUCUUCGUCGAUUACUGACCAAUGCAGAAAGACGGCUGGGACGUCGAAAUGUCAUGGAAAUCACGGACCAUCCGGUUUUCGUAGAUGUGGAUUGGACAACGCUGCCGAACCAAACGGCACCACCCCACCUUCAUUUACCUCAAUUCACCUAUACCGAACCUAAAGGCUCGGCUGAUCAAGCACCUCCUGUACCCGUGCAGCGCCAACAGGAAUAUGACGACUCGGCUUCGCUAUCACAAGGCUUCGCGUUUUCCGUAUUCUUCCAACAGUCAUCCUCCGUCUCGCCUGGUCUGUCCAUCCUCAAGCCUAGUCCAGGACCUGAUCUGCAAUCCUCGCGAUCAUGGAAGGACAACUCAAACUCAGCCUCCAGUUUCAUUGGGUUUUCAUGGGGUCCGCCUAUCGAUGCCUUUCCGGAGGAGGAGGAAGAGCCAGCCACCAGCCCCGGUGUCCACACCACACCCCGACCAUUUCUACGAACACCUUUGCAAGCCUCCCAGCGGACGCCUCUUCCAGACAGCCGCUUCAAUACACUCACCGUUCCCUUGACCUGGGGCCCUGGUGCUUUCUCGACGCCUGGUCCGCUACAUGCUUACAACACCCCUAUGAAACCUUACGCGAUGUCUCCUCAUGCAACCCUUCCUCGCACCAGCACGGUUCGCAGGACAGCACCACGCCGGAACGUCUCGGACAGACAGGCGAUGAAGCAGCUCGUCGAUUGCAUCGGGAUGAGUGCGAGGAAGAAGGUGCUGGAGAGCGGAAGGAAGCCGAAAAUCCUUGGUGUAUUUGGGACCCGAAGCAGUGCGAGUGGGACGACAGGGCAUAACACCAAAUCGACCACGACAAAGCAGCUCCGUUUCGACCGAAAUACGGCGCCCAUCCCAGGGCCCGACUACAGCGUGGCGAGCUCGACACGAUCACGAUCACGCUCGAUGCUGCUGCCCCAGCCGCCAAAUUUCAACCCCCUCCCACCCAAUAAGACCCACGACCCGAACGACACCUCUGAUAUAUAUUACUACUCCAACAAUUCGAUACGACCUUCCGCUCAGAACCCCGACUUCUACACCUCUGGCUCUGAAUCCGGCUCUGAGGGUGGCGGACCGCCCAGCCCCAGUCCGAGCCCCCGUCCGGGGUCGGCCAUGUCGACGACGAUGAUGUCGCGACGCAGCGCAACGCCGACGGUCAGUGGGUAUUUGAGUGGGCCUGGAUCAGGACGCAUGCGUUCGGGCUCAGGCUCGCUGUUGGUGCCGCUGGCAGACAGGAGCACGACGGUCACGAUGACCAACACGACGUCGGCGCUGCUGAGCAUCCCAUCUGCUGGUCCGGCAAACUUGGAGUUCAGGCUGUGUCAGCCGCCUGCGAUCUCUUCGCUAAUGGAGAAAGUGCCGCCGCCGCCGUCGACAGCUAUGAAGAGGAAUCUUUCGAGUCGGUCGUUCGUGUUGGGCAAAGAUUCUGAUAAACAUAGCAGGACAACGGCACGUUCUCUCGCUCCUCGCGUUGUAGAAGACGAUGAAACCUGUCCGCGAAGCCAGUCCUCGCAGAAUCACGGCAGUCUUGUGAACCCAGGUGCCGAGUUCAACAUGACGCUCUCUCCCUCGGACAUUUUGCUCAAUGAGCUAGAAAAAAGACACGCUGCCAUGAUGCGGUCGAUUGAGAUGUUGGAGGAGCGGAUAGAUGAUGUAUCUGCACUCAUCGGCAGAUAA